AUGGCUUUCCCGAAAGCCGGAAAGCUAGACAGCCGGAAAGCCGGAAAGCCGGACAGCUGGACAGCUAGAAAGCCGGAAAGUCGGAAAGCCGGAAAGCCGAAAAGCCGGAAAGCUGAAAAGCCGGAAAGCCGGAAGCCAGAAAGCAGAAAAGCCAAAAAGGAGGAAAGCCGAAAGCCAGAAAGCCGAAAAGCCGGAAAAUUAGAAAGCCGGAAGCCAGAAAGCCGGAAAGCUAUAAAGCUGCUCGAAAGCCGGAAAGCAGAAAAGCCGGAGAACCGGAAAGCCGGAAAGCAGGAAAGCAGGAAAGCCGGAAAGCCAGAAAGCCAGAAAGCCAGAAAGCCGGAAAGCAGGAAAGCAGGAAAGCCGGAAACCCGAAAGCAGGAAAACAGAACAGCCGAAAACUCUGAAAAGCAGGAAAGCCGGAAAGCCAGAAAGCGAGAAAGCCGGAAAGCCCGAAAGCCGGAAAGCCGAAAAGCUAGAAAGCCGGAAAGCAGGAAAGCGAAAAAGCAGGAAAGCCGGAAAGCCGGAAAACCGGAAAACCUGAAAGCCCGAAAGCCGAAAAGCCGGAAAGCUAAAAAGCCGGAAAGCCAGAAAACAGAAAAGCAGAAAAGCCGGAAAGCCGGAGCGCCAGAAAGCUAG